GCUCCGUCUCCGCCAUUGCAUUCUGAUCGUUUUCGCUAUCUCUCCUUUGCGAUUCUUCGCCGAAUCUGCAGAGACUGUUGAUGAAGCAAUCUUCUCGUGCUUUCCUGUCAACGUUCGUAUCGAAGUCGCAUCACUCGUUGAUAGGAUAGCAAACCACAGCGCAAGCGCUAGCUACGGUCCCGAAAUGGAGACGGUCACAGAGUCCGACGGCAGUCUCAAUGCAGCAUACCAAGUCUUCCAUAUCUCGGAAUUACUUGAAUUGAUCCUACUCCAGCUCGCACCAAGGACAGGAUCAUCUAUCCACGAAGAGAUCAACGCGACACGGACUCUUCUGCUCAACCGUACUGUCUGCCGGACAUGGCAUGCCCUACUAUCGACAUCGUCCCCUUUGCGUAGGAGCCUCUAUCUCACCACUCUCAGUGCCUCGGAGAACGUAGUAGAUACAGCAUACACUAAGAAGACCAUCUCGCCGCCCGCUAAACCCAACCCUUGGAUCCCGAAUAUACUGCUCUCCCAGCGCUCCUGGGGCUCCGCCUACCCCUUCGACAAUGCCGCUUCCCAAUUAUUCAACCUCACGCCGUUUACACCUUCGGUCCCAAAGCCACGAUACUGGACGUUCCACCUCGAGCUAUCAAGGCCACAGUACGCUCGUCUACCUACAUCAGGUCCGUGGAGAGAUAUGCUGGCCACCCAACCUCCCUUUCGGGACUUAUGGUGCUCGCGGUGCUUCUACGAACUGGGCAGUGGACGAGCACCCUUCGUCACGCACCUGGACUAUGACUCUCGGAAGCCAAAGACGGAGCAGAGGUUCACGCGACGUUGUGAGGGAGGUGUGACGUUGGGCGCGAUUGUAGAUGCAGUGGGAGAGGUGAUGGAGCAGUAUCCCAACGCUAAAUGGGUCAUGGUCGAGAGUCUGCGGGUUGGUAACGACUCUGGCGAGGAGUCGCUGGCUCGCGUGGACGAUGAUCAGCCUGUUACCAGGGCGUAUAUGCCGGGCUCGUCGUCGGAGAGGGAGUUUGGGUUUCAGCGAGAACAUUACCUACACUAAGCACUUUACGUGUGCCCACAUUACACCUCGGAGACGUGUAUAGGCAGGAUCGAUCUACAAUGGCUAUGCAGCAUGAUUCGGCCCCCUAACGCGCUCACGAGACAUACUCAGCUUUGCACAGCCCGCCGCCGAUCGGUAGCUGCGUACCUCCAGGUGACAGUAAACUGUACUGUAGCGGCUCCUACAUAAGACCAAA